ACCAGAGCCGAAUACGCCAGCAGGGCGUCAUCUCGGUCCCUUUCAGUAUUGAGUCGAGCCUGAGCGGCGUCGGCCGCAGGCUGGGAGGAGACGAAGCCCUGUUCUACAAUAGAUCGGUGGACGUCCCCCUCAAGCCAGGGCAGCGGUAUUUGUUGCACUUCGAGUCCGUUGACUACGAGUGCGUCAUAAUGGUCAACGGGGAGCAUGCUGGCUCUCACAAAGGUGGCCAUUCGCCUUUCGAAUUCGAUGUCACCGAGUUGCUGCAUGACGGGCCAAACGAAUUCACCGUCGGUGUCAGAGACACGAUGUCCCCUUUCACGCUCACGGGCAAGCAAUCUCUGCAUGGUGGGACGAUUUGGUACAGUGCCUCGUCUGGCAUCAGAGGCACUGUCUGGCUGGAGACUGUUCCUGACACGUUUAUCUUAGCGUCGCCUUUCCUCUACGACCUAUCGGUGGAGCUUGUGGCUGACGGCACCCAGGUGGACGCGGUGCAGUCUUAUGCUGGCAUCCGAACGGUGGGGAAGAGGCGUGACCCCAGCGGAAAUUACAGGUUCACCCUGAACGACGAGUUCGUCUUCCACUACGGCGUCCUGGACCAAGACUUCGUGAAGGCCAGCGGCUUCAACGUCAUCCGCAAGCACAUGAAAGUGGAGCCUCGGCGCUUCUACGCCCACUGCGACCGCGUGGGCGUGAUGGUGUGGCAGGCUCACCAGCAGUACCUCGCGGAGCUCACCGAGAUGAUCCGCACGCUGCAGAACCACCCGUCCGUCGUCGUGUGGGUUCCCUUCAACGAGGCGUGGGGCCAGCAUAGGACGACCGAGGUCGGCGAGAUGAUCGAGCGCGCCGAUCCCACGCGGCUGGUCAACGUGGCGAGCGGCGGGAACUUCUGGCCCGUCGGCGACAUCGCGGACAGGCACAGCUACCCGAACCCGAAGUUCGAGACCGGCGACGAGCGGUUCCGCGACUACGUGAAGGUGGUGGGGGAGUUCGGCGGCCACGCGCUGCCGGUGGAGGGGCACACUUGGGAGAGGGCCCACGCGAACACGUUUGGCUACACCCAUGCCGAGGACCCGCAGGAUCUCCUCCGAUCGCCUUCGAAAUCGUACAACGAUUCUUUUCAUGUUCUUACGCAGUUGGUGAAGAGUGGCGUCGCAGGUGCCAUCUACACGCAGACCACUGACGUGGAGCGCGAGCUGAACGGUCUGCUGACGUACGACCGCGAGGUGGCCAAGCUGAGCGCCGAGCAGCUCCGAGAAAUUCACGGAGGCGGAGGUGUGCUCCGCGUCCCUGACGGGGAACUUCUUUUCCAGUGGGCGGCGGAUGCGCUCACGGCUGAGAGCUAG